AUGAGACGAGCCGCUGCCAAGCGGGCAAGGACGGCCGAACUGGCACGGGCAGCAUCCUUGGCAGUGCAACACGCUGACAUCAACGAAGCACCCACUGAACACGGUUCCGCAAAUAACCUCGACGACUAUUGGGUUUGGGAUUGUAUCAAAGCUAAUUGUGAUUUUCAUCCGCCAACAUUACCCACACCCAAUGCACUCACACUGGUCAAAGAACUGGAGCAAAAUGAAGGAUCCCAGCCCAACGCCAAUGCCCCACCUGCAGCCUCCGUGCGCAACUCGCAUGUUAUGGACGUCGGACUUGGACAUAUAAGCAUUGAUGUUGGUUGUCGCCCCGGACCCGACAUCCCCGUUCGUCAGACAGAUAUUUGA